UUAGGGGGUAAAUUUUGUCUAUUUAUGAUAUAAACUCGUCACUCUCCCUCAAGUCCUAAACCCUACGCCAAAGCCCGCAUUGGAAAACUCUGCAACCUCUUUUGGGGUUUCACAGCCAAUCAGCCAUGCCAUCAAACCCAUCAAUCCAAUAAGACAGUUGAGAUUCACUGCGGCCAUGUCGGCCUUAUCAAGAGGCCUCAUUUCUCGCCUUCGCCUUCUCUCCCUCAACCCCACCACCACCUCUUCUGCUGCUGCUGCUGCUAAUACUAAUGCUACGACGUCGUUUACGCAAACUCAGUACCAUUUCUUCAGAUGGUUCAGCUCCGAGGCCUUGGUUGAUGCGGCUGAGGUCGCCGAGGAGCGGAGCCGCGUUAUCGAAGCCAAGCCUGGGGCGAUGAGCCCAAGCUCAAAGAGGACUGGGCUCAUAGCCGUCAAGUGUGGGAUGACUGCGCGCUGGGACAAAUGGGGUGCUAGGGUUCCCAUCACUGUGCUUUGGGUCGAUGAUAAUAUCGUCUCUCAGGUCAAGACCCCCGAGAAAGAAGGCUUCCCUGCUCUACAGAUUGGUUGCGGACAGAAGAAAGCAAAGCAUUUGACGAAGGCUGAGGUCGGUCAUUUCAGAGCUCAAGGUGUUCCACUUAAGAGGAAACUGAGGGAGUUUCCUGUAACAAAAGAUGCGCUUCUCCCUGUUGGUAUGUCAGUUGGUGUUCGCCAUUUUGUUCCAGGCCAAUAUGUUGAUGUCACAGGAAUCACGAGAGGGAAAGGUUUCCAGGGCGGGAUGAAAAGGCACGGUUUUAAAGGAAUGCCAGCGUCUCAUGGUGCAUCCUUGUCACACCGAAGUAUUGGUUCAACAGGUCAGAGGGAUGCUCCUGGAAAGGUAUUUAAAGGCAGAAAGAUGCCUGGGCGCAUGGGUGGGAAACAGAGGACGGUAAAAAAUGUAUGGGUCUACAAAAUUGAUCCUGCAAGGAAUUUGAUGUGGGUGAGAGGCCAAGUCCCAGGUGCUGAAGGGAACUUUGUGUUCAUAAGAGAUGCUUUCUACAAGAAACCUGAUAUUUCAUUGCUACCAUUUCCGACUUACUUUGCUCCAGAGGAUGAGGAUGCAACCAAGUUAGAACCACUGGUUGCUGAUCUUGGAGAGGUAGAUCCAUUCAUGGUGGCAGAUUAAGCAGGAGUGUAAUCUGAAAUCACGUGAGGAACUAGGAUGUUUCAUUCAGCCAAAUUGACUACACUGCGGUCACGUCCUUUUUUAUGAUGCAAAGAGCAUGCUGGCUUUAGGGUUAUAAAGACCUGUCUGAGGGUGUUGAAUAUGUUUUUUUUUUAUAUAAAGUUUAUUUUUGUUAGAGGAAUGCAGGCGCAGAGGUUGUAAUAUUUAUAUAAUUGAGUUCAUUUCAACCUCAGAAUUGAAUACUGACCGACAAUGGGUUUUUUUUGUU